AUGACUCUUGGUACCACACCAAGCUCUGUACCAUUCAACAUUCCCAAGACAUCUAUCGCAGCGAGCUCAGUAGAAUUACAAACAUUCGCAUUCCCAUCCACUUCCAUCAUUGAAUACCCGUUCGAAAUGGAUGAGCUCGACAUCCAUAUGGCCCCGCUGCUCAGGGGAUGUUUACCAUUCCAAGCUAAGGCCCAUGUUGCGAUCAUAGGCGCAGGGCCACGAGGCACCAGUGUCCUGGAACGUCUCUGCUCAUCUGGAUCUGAGUUCUUCCCGCCAGGAACGCACCUCACUAUCCAUGUCAUCGAUCCGUCCUCUACGGGUCCCGGAAGUGUUUGGCGCACUGAUCAGUCACCGCACCUCUGGAUGAACACUGUGGCGUCCCAGGCAACCAUGUUCACUGACGAGACUGUUGUUUGUCAUGGACCAAUACGACCGGGACCGAGCUUUUAUGAAUGGUCACUGAAAUACGGAUUUCCACUAGGCCCUGAUGACUACCCGACCCGAGCUCAGUUCGGCGAAUAUCUGCAGUGGGUUUUCAACAAAACCGUGGAAGAUGCCCCUUCCAAUGUGGAGGUGCGGACACACACGGUCAAAGCUAUCCGUCUCGAUGGGCAUAAUUACCAUCGGCAAAGUAUUGUUCUGUCCAACGGGCACGUCAUUCGUGAACUUGGGGCUGUGAUUUUAGCCCAAGGACAUCUGCCCCUCGUGGCUGAUUCGGAACAACGGCUCAGUACGACUUACGCUGACAGACAUGGCUUGCGGUACUUCCCUCCAAAGAAUCCGGCAGAUGUCAACCUCUCUUCCGUUGUUCCUGGCGAACCAGUUGCACUUCGCGGUUUGGGCCUUUGCUUCUUCGAUUACAUGACCCUCCUAACUACGGGCCGCGGUGGUCGUUUCAUCACUACAUCCGACGGACUUCGAUAUAUCUCGUCGGGAAAGGAGCCUCGACUAUAUGCUGGGUCCCGCCGCGGCAUCCCGUAUCAUGCACGCGGUGACAAUGAAAAGGGGCCGUACGGUCGCCAUGAGCCUGUCAUUCUCACGGAAGAAGCCGUUCGUGACUUUCGCCGUCGCGCGAGAUCAGGACAUACACCGGACUUUCUGAACGAAGUCUGGCCGCUCGUUAAUAAAGAGAUCGGAACAGUCUACUACGCGGCGAUAUUAAGGCAGCGAUGUUUGGGUCCUGCCGACUUUCAACACGAAUUUCUCAGGACUCUCAGUAACAGCCCUCAGGAAGCCGAGGUCCUUGACAAGUACGGAAUUUCCGAACCAGACCGUCUAUCUUGGAGCCACAUCGCAAGGCCUUUUGACGGACUCAAAUUUGACAACCCCAACUCUUGGCGAAGCUGGUUGCUUGACUAUCUGCGGGAAGAUGCAAGAGAGGCUGCGUCCGGCAAUGUCAAUGGACCUUUGAAGGCAGCUCUGGACGUUAUGCGCGACAUACGCAAAGAGAUACGGAUGGUUGUGGAUCACAAGGGGCUAUUGGGAAGCUCUCGGCAUGAGCACCUCGAUGGCUGGUAUACUCCAUUCAAUGCGUUUUUGUCCAUUGGCCCACCUCGGCGCCGCAUUGAGGAGAUGAUCGCAUUGAUAGAGGCUGGCGUGCUGGACGUUCUGGGACCACGUUUGGAAAUCGAAACCGACGGCAAAGCGUGGCUCGCUCGCUCAGCUGAAAUACCGCUCUCGACGGUACGAGUUACCACGCUCAUAGAAGCGCGUUUGCCAGAGAUUAGCCUUCGGCGAACUGACGACAAGCUCCUUGCGCACCUGUUGAAAACGGGCCAGUGCCGCCCACACACUGUGGAUGGUUACGAAACCGGGGGGCUGGAUGUCACUGAAAGCCCAUUUCGAGUAAUCGACAACAAAGGCCGAACACAUCGAAGUUUGUACGCUAUUGGUGUCCCGACAGAAGGAGCACACUGGGUCACAACGGCGGUGGCGAGGCCCGGGGUCAAGUCGGUCACGCUCGCAGAAAUCGACGAAGUUGCACGAGCCGUGCUGCACGAUGUAUCUAGGCAGCAAAGCUUUGAACUGCCUCAGGAUAACACGAAGAAGGAAUCCGGAAUCUGUCAUAGAGCCUUGAGGCUAGUCAAUGGCGUCCACCUAUCGGACCAGGUGACAUCACGAGAGAAACGCUUGCAUUAG